GCUCAGAGUGCUCAGAGAGGGAGAGGGAGCGCUCAGAGUGUAGAGCACAGACAGAGAAAUGGAGUGUGUUCAAGAGAAUGUGUUCAAGAGAGUGUUCACUAGAGAAAGAGAGAGAGAGCGAGAGAGAGCAGGCACACAGACACAGAGGGCUGUGAUCACAUGCUUCUUUCUCUGCACAGCACGCUGUUUUUGUUUAGCCUUUCUGGUGCAGCUGAGAGCGAGAGUCGCUCACACUGUCAGAGAGCACCGCUGCCUAAGCUUGAGUGGAAAGUUUCCACAGCAUGACCAGAGUCAGGACUCUACUACUCCUGCCUAAGCUUGAGUGGAAAGUUUCCACAGCAUGACCAGAGUCAGGACUCAACUACUCCUGUCCCACUGAGAGUAAGCCAUACCGAAGAAGAGACAGAGAGAGCUCCUGAGCAGGCUUUGACCCCUGACCUCCAGGUGUGGAGGUGUACCAUGUGUUCUCCCGCUCGGGGGGCGUGAACCCAUCUCUGCUGUGAGGAGUCGUCCUGUGGGACCAUGGGAACAUCGACGCUGGGGAAGGCAGCCCCCCUCAACAUGCUACUGGAUGCCUGCGUCCAGGCUUUUAAUGACAAUGGGGAGUUGCAGUCCAACCCGCUCCCUCGCACUCUGCUGCUGAUGCAUCGCUGGUAUGUCACGUCCACAGAGCUGGCCGGGAAGCUGCUCGUGAAAUACCGUGACUGCCAGGGGGAUGAGUGCCAAAGAGCGAGACUGAAGAUCUGCUAUUUAAUGAGGUACUGGAUUACGGUGUUUCCUGCAGAGUUUAACCUGGACAUGGGCCUUAUACGCCUCACUGAGGAGUUCAGAGACGUGGCGGCUCAGCUGGGCUGUGAGGAACACUACAAACUCAUUGACAUCUCCACCAUCCCGUCAUAUGACUGGAUGAGAAAGCUGACCCAGAGGAAGAAGCAAGCCAAGAAGGGCAAAGCCUCACUCCUCUUUGACCACCUGGAGCCCAUGGAGCUGGCGGAACACCUCACGUUCCUGGAGUACAAGUCCAUCAGGAGGAUAUCGUUCACAGACUACCAAAGCUAUGUGAUGCACGGAUGUCUGGUGGACAACCCAACGCUGGAGCGCUCCAUCGCCCUGUUCAACGGAGUCUCCCAGUGGGUUCAGCUCAUGGUGCUCAGUAAGCUGACACCCCAACACCGUGCUGAGGUCAUCACCAAAUACAUCAACGUGGCCCAGAAACUCCUCCAACUGCAGAACUUUAAUACACUGAUGGCCAUGGUUGGAGGUCUGAGCCACAGCUCAAUUUCCCGUCUGAAGGAGACCCACUCUUAUCUAGCACCCGAGGUCAACAAGAUCUGGAAUGAGAUGACGGAGCUGGUCUCCUCCAAUGGGAACUACUGUGCUUACCGCAAGGCCUUCACAGACUCCGAAGGCUUCAAGGUCCCCAUCCUGGGAGUCCACCUGAAGGACCUGAUCGCCGUGCACGUGGUCUUCCCCGACUGGGUGGACGACGACAAGGUGAACAUCGUAAAGAUGCAGCAGCUCUACCUCACCUUCAACGAGCUGAUGUCCCUGCAGAGUGCUGCAGCCCAGGUGGAACCAAACAUGGACCUCAUCUACCUGCUCACUCUCUCUCUAGACCUUUACUACACUGAAGAUGAGAUAUAUGAGCUAUCCUUGUUAAGGGAACCACGGAACCCAAAGUCUUUGCCUACUUCUCCAACAACCCCCAACAAGCCAAUGGCCCCUCUGGACUGGGCAUCAGGGGUGACAGCCAAACCUGACCCCAAUGUGGUGAACAAGCACAUCAGGAAGGUGGUGGAUUCUGUAUUCAGGAACUAUGACCAUGACCAUGAUGGAUACAUCUCUCAGGAGGACUUUGAGAGUAUUGCUGCCAACUUUCCUUUCUUGGACUCUUUCUGUGUGUUGGACAAGGACCAAGAUGGCCUGAUUAGUAAGGAUGAGAUGAUGGCUUACUUCCUGAGGGCCAACCCCUUGCUCCAGUGUAAAAUGGGCCCUGGUUUUAUCCACAACUUUACGGAGAUGACGUAUCUGAAGCCUACCUUCUGCGAGCACUGUGCUGGAUUUCUCUGGGGAAUAAUCAAACAGGGAUACAAGUGCAAAGAUUGCGGUGUGAACUGCCAUAAGCAUUGCAGAGAGCUGUUGGUACUGGCCUGUAGGAAGCUGCCGCGUUCCACCUCUUUGCAAAGUGUCUCCCCUGGAGGCCUGACCCACAGCUCUCUACCCAGCAGCCCCACCAUGCCCACCUUCAAGGAUGAGGACGAGAUGUUUGAGUUCCCCUCGGUGACACCUGGAGGUUCUGACCUGGAGCAUAAGUCCAUCACCCUGAUGACGUGCUCAGCCCAGCGGAUAUCUGUGGGUUUACAGCGGGCCACCACCAGCCAGGCCACGCAGACGGAGCACCUGUGGUCAGAGCACACCUGGGGGGCUGGGGAUGGGGGCUCCCACACCUUCCCCAAGAUGAAGUAUCGACCACACCGGCAGGCCUCCAAGAGCAAAGGCUUUGCCCGCUGGGAGAACGAAGCCCAGAAGGAGCCCAGGGGUCGGCGGGGAUCCCAGGAGCAGACGGACAGACCUGCAGAGGUGGUGCAGAACGGGAUAAUACCACACAGAGAGAAGGACAGCUGACUUGGAGACACCAAGGGCCGAACCCAGGGCUCCAGGAGGCCCUUGGAAGCACGCAUCAGGAAGCUCUCCUCACUGGGCGAAGUACUUGGCUGCUUGAGGCCCUCGUUUGGUGACCUGGAGUAGGAUGGACAGGUGUUCAGUGAACCACAUAUGAAUACUGAUGUUUAAUCCCGAACCAGGGAUGUGACUGAUGGGACUGAAAAAGCCCUUGUCCUCAAUGCUCCCCAGCUCUACACACCCUGCCUUCACAACCCAUCAGUGUCAUUGGAAAAGGAUCCUGGACUACUUACAGUACAUGUGAUUUAGGUUUGUUGGGGCUCACCAGUGUUUGACUGACUGAACGUAAAUGAGCAGGUGUCCACCUGUGCCUGUAUGAAUGUCGGAGCAUGCUUCCUAUUGAAUUUCUGUGUGGUCUGUGGAGCGCAUAUGUGUGUUAUCUACUGUUGAUUUGCUGAAAGAAUUAAGUUAUUUGGGUCACGUGGCUUAGUUGCAAUAAUGUAUCAUGUUUGAUUGACAUUUUGAGGACACUGUGAAUGUUUUAUGAUGGACUGGGUGGGGGAUGCAAAGUGAGAAAGCAUUUGGAGAUGUGAGAAUGCAUUAAUAAGAUAUCAAGAUGUAAAGCAAUAGAAAGUUAAAGGUGAAGAUGAAUAUGAGGGGAAAAGUGGCAGGUACAUUGUUUCUAAGGGUAAUGGAUUAAAAGUGGCAUGACAUGUGGCAUGACAACU